CAGAAACCUAUUUGAGUUUUAUUUCCAAUGUCAUAGAUUGACUUUGUCUUCAUUCCAGGAUAAACUCAGUGAAUUCUCAAUAUGUUCUAGCUUUGAUGGCUUUAAAAUUAAAGUGCUAAAAGCAAUAUUUCGUCACAAGGGUUAGACUGUGUAAUCCACUCAUUUUUGGAAGCGGAACAUAUCUUCAAGUCCUACCAAGUAAGUGAGCUUUGUUUGAGUAAUAUUUACAACUGAUAAGGUUAUAAACAAUGCUAUAUUUGUAUACAUAUUGUAUAUUUUUUUGUAUUUGCAUGAAUAACGUUAUUUAUAUGCCUGUUCUCUUAAAUACAUGGUAAAUACCAUGAGAUGGGAACUAGAACUGACUAUUUGGGUUUUAGUAGCUAAAAUAGGAAUGCAGAUAAAUGUCAAGAGAAUUGCAACUUUUCAAAGACAACAUAUAUUGAGAAAAUUAAUCUCACAUAUUUUUAUAGUUUAAAUAUUUUUAUACAUUUACAUUUCACUUGUCUGCUCUACACAAUUUCUAGUUUAUUGAAUACUUACUGAUUGAUGCAGAAAAAAAUAAUAUAAAACAUAACUCGUUUAAUAAAAACAUUUCUAUUUCUUCAGUUUAAAGCAUUUUUGUUAACUAAAUAAGUCAUGUUUGUAAAUGUUUUACUUUGGUUUUACUGUAUGGAGCAAAUGUAGCAUCACAAUAAUUUACAAUAAGCUCAAAGUCAAUACUUAAAAUAGACAAACAUACAAUAGUAUUUCUACACUACUGCAAGCGUACUAUCACAUAUUAGUGUACUUUCAUGAGAGGCUGCAUGGACUCCAACACACAGUAACUUUCUAUGAGACAACCAUCAUGUGCGUGCAUCAGUUCCAUGACCAAACUCAUAUAAAAAAAAAAAAAGGAAAUAAAGUCACGUGUAAGAUGUUAAAUGUCAGGUAAAUGCUUCUGUAUUUUUUAUAAUUUUUGUAGUUUUUUAUUUUUACACUUCCAUAACAUUCAUAGCUUUAAUAGCAUUCAUUUUAAAUUGUAUUUAAUUGUUUAUAUAAACAGUGACAAACAAAACACAAUUGAAUAGUAAAAUAUAUAAUAUAAAUUAUAUUGAGAUUAGUGCACUGAAAAUGUUUGAGGUGUGUAAUCCCAAUAUCCAUAAACAGAUAUAGUACCUUUACUUUUGAUAGUUCCGUCCUCACUGUUAACAUUACAUCUCUUAAUAUCUCUAUUUAGCAUAAACAACAAUAUUUUAUUCAAAUAUGUGCUUGAACCAUUUUCGUUGCUGUACAGCAAAGAAAGAGCGAUAACUAUGCAAUGAUGAAACUAAAUUUACUUCUUUAAUACAUGGGGUUUGCUUUGAGGUUACACUACAUAGCACAGUACAAGUGUACCUAUUAAUGUGCUUGUACGGUGCUUUCUGGGGGCAUUUCCCUGGUUUCCUCCAAAUUAGAAAAACCAGGGAACAAACCUAAAACAGUUUGAAUAGACCACAAAACUUGGACAGUCCGAAUGAAUAAAGGACCACUGGGAGGUUUGUCAUAUUAUUUGUUAUAUUAUUGUCCAUAGGUAAAACAUCAGUACAGUUGGGGUCCAUUACAAUACAGAUACACACACAUACAGAUACUCAUACACAGAUACAUACUGACACACAUUUACAUACACAGACGCCAUGCCAUAAACAUAGAAAGACUGCACAGAUACCAUGCUUGGCUUCAGCAAAUAAUCUCUUAGAUAAGCUCUGCCGGGCUUUCUCACACCAGGAGGGAGUGAUUUGACUAUCUCCCAGUGUUGUGCCGCUAUGGAGGAAUGUGGCCUGCAAUACAGCUUUGUCUCAGAUCCAGUGUCCACCAAUGCUAGGGGGGACAUAUAUAUCUUCAAAAACAGACUUCAUAGCAUAUAUGCCACAGAUCACAGCUGGGCCCUGUAUCAGCAUACUGUCUGUCAACCCAUGAUGAUGGCCUAAAAACAAUAAUUACAGAAGGGUGAUGUUUAAAAAUUUAUGGUUGAUGUUUGAAAAUUUGUUUUUGAAGACUUUCGUUCAUUUAAUAUAGGCCAUUAUAUUCUUAUUUUCCUUAAAGGAACAAUAGAGAGUCGGGAACACAAACAUGUAUUUCUGACCUUAUAGUGUUAAAAAGCUAGUAAGCCUCACCUUAAAUGAGAAAACAAACUGCCAGGAGAGCGAGAAAUAAUACCUGUAUCGCUGGUGGAGUGGCAAAUAUCAACCAAUUAGGCUAGGUAUUUCUAAAAAUAAAACCUAACUUUUAAUAUUGUGAUUAAGAGGUGAAAUAAGUCAGGACAGGUUGGGUUAAAUCUAACAUACACACCAAAUAGUUUUUUUUUUCAUCAGAAGGCACAUGAAAAUGGGUUGUUUUUAUUGGUAUCAGGGGAACAUAAGACUGUUUAAGGUAAGCAACUUCCUGCACAAUAACCUCAGUUUCCUGACAUAUAACUGUCUGAUCUACAGGAAGGAAUAGAACUUUUCAUAACCUAGCAAAGCUUCCAUGUGACUUACUGUAUUUACAGGAUAUAAAAUAACUGAUAUAGUUACUGCUUGGUUAUCUCCAUUGCACUCUCAGACAUCCAUGUCUCACUCGUGUUUCACAAAAUCAAUAAACAAAAAAUACUUGAAAUCUUUUACUGUUUAGUGCUGAAAUUCUUUGGGAUUCUGUCACUGUAAUAACAUAAUGUGAGAUAUAAAAUAUAUAAUUGACCGACCAGAAAAAAAAAGAAAGAUGAGACGUUUCUAAAAAGAAAAAUAAACAUGGCUCUUGUGUUUUACUUGCCAGUUGUGGAAUCAGAUAAGUCAGUUGUUGUUUUUUUACAAAGCAGUGAGUCACUGUGCAUGUUGGUGCAACAUACACAAGAUCGCUGGUGUUUGGAUCAGGCAGUAAACUGACGGUGGAAGCAGGUGAGCCAAACAUUAUAAAUAUUUCUGUACUGACUCUAGGGCCAUGGAGCUAGAAUGCAUGAGACUGUGAAUAGGAAAAUAUGUUCAACACUGGAAUAUAUUUAUACAGAGGAUAUCACAGCUACUAUAUAAAAAAGAAUUUGGAAUCUACUGUACCGGUUUGUCUUUGUCUGUCAAAUAACAGACGUUUCAUUAACACUGUUCGCUGUAUUUUUCACUAUUUGUUUGUAAUCUAAAUAAGUCAUACAAUUAAUAUUGAUAAAAUCUCAUAAACCAAAAGUAUAACAAUCUCAGUUUCUGAAAAGUUAGUUUUUUCGCAGGAAUAACUUUAUUGCAGAAUAUUUUCAACUUGUAAACACACAGUAUUACAAAUUUUACCACACUAAAAACAGAUAACUAAGAUAACUAAACUAAAAACAGAUGACAAAGAUAACUAAACUAAAACCAGUUUCCGAGUUCUACAAAGCUCAUUUAUCUUAGGGAUCAUUUCAGUUGAGACUGUAAGUUCAAGUGUCAAUAUUAGCAACAAUUUAUUCACUAAAUAUUCAAUGUUAGAGAACUGAAAUCAGAAAAUGUAGGCUAAAAUAACUGAUUUGAAUUUUUUUUAAUAAAUCAGCUACAGUCAGUUUGGGUUUUUUUGCCUGAACUUUGCCAUUCAGAUUUUGAACUAACCCCAUUGAAGUGUACAGCAUAUUACAUUAAGGUGUGCACCCAGAGAAAGUUUCGUUAUAACCUUUACUUAAAAAUGUAGUAAUGAAAAAAAAAAAAAAAAAAAUUUAUUGCCUAGUGACUGCCAAGUUUUAUAAAGACAGUUGUGUUUUAUUUGUUCAUUUCCCUCCCCUCCCCCCACAAAAAAAAACAGUCACAUAAAAGUUCCCACAGUAAACUAAACAUAACAAUGAGAAGAAAAUGGCCGUCGGUAGGGUGUGCAUGGGCACACAUGAAACCCUUUACUUAUACCUCAUGAUAUUUGACAUUGCAAUUCUGUAUAUUGUUGGUUGUAUUUGAACAACAAUAAUGUGCUUUGAUAAAAUUGAUGGACACUGGGGACAACAGCAGACAGUCGCAUAACAGUCUUGGGAUUACAGAAAGUACAGAGACUUGAUCACUACCCCCAACCAUGGCUCAAAAGCUGCGCGUGUUGCGUGAUGUUAUUUUCAUUUCAUGUUUUGUUUUGAUCACUGACACAAGAGUAUGUAGAACGCAAAUUAUUCUCCAGUAAUUUGUGAGUUGUAAUGAUUAAUUAUACCUGCUACCAACUAUGAAGAUGAAUGUAAAUGAUUAUUUAUACCUUAACUGUUAAAUAGUAAGGAAGAAAAUGGAGCAUGUGCUUGCUCUAAGCUCUAAUUUCAACUAUGAUCAUAAAUACAGUUAUACAGCUAUCACCCUUUUCUGCCUGCACUAGGUGACAAUCAGCCUUCUCCACCCGCUGUGUUUGUGCUGAAACCUCAGACUGUUGGCUCCAUCACUGCCUGUCUGGCAAAAGACUUUUAUCCCAAGGAUGUGGAAAUCUACAUGAAUUCCAGCCAGAAAAGUGUUGGACCAGUGAAGACCAAUGCAGUCCUCUCUCCAGAGGGAAGAUACAGCUCAGUUUAUGUUGAAGGGUUGGGAGCAGAGGAUGUACAGUGCCAUGCAAAGCAUCAAGGCAGAUGGGUGACAGAACAGGAUGGUGUUUUGAACCAAAAAGGUACCUCAAUUGCAGCUGCUAGUUCACAUAAAAUCAUAAACUGAGGAGGAUGAUAAAAUAGUUUUGCAAAGAUAAGAUGAAAUUUGAAAUUGACAAUGUACGAAUUACUCUACAGUUGCAUUAAAAAUAUAAUAGGCAGCCUACGCCAUCUCUAUAAUAAAGGUAUUAUGACGAAUGUAAACGUCCUUCCAUUUGUGGAAUAUGAACAAUGGCGUAGUAAUCUGAUUUCUUGUUACUUAUAUGUUAAUGGCCCAAUAUAAUAAGUCCAUUAUUUCAUGUAAAAAAAUAUAUAUAUGUAUAUAUGUAAUAGACAGAUCUAUAUAUGCUUUAAUGUAUAAUCAAUGAGGUUUCUACUUUUGCUUAUAUUAAAAAAAUGUGACUUUCACAAAUUUCUUCAUAUAUUUUAAGUCUAGUGUUUUAACACGCAAAAAAGAUGUUCAACUGCAACUCCCCCAUUACUCUUCCAGAUGAUAUGUGUUUAUGAUAUGUGUUGCUGGAGUCCAACGGUAGCUGGGGAAAAGUUCAGUAACUUUAUGUUAAGUGAUAAAUUCCAAUUUUGUUAUUAUACAGUGAUAAAAAAUAUAGAAUUAUUGCUAAUUAAAAUGGCAAUCUAAGCCACACAACUACAGUUUGCAGCAUACCAACAGUUUGUGCCAAAAAUUUUAGGGUGGUUUGAAAAUAAACUGGGGGUAGCAUUUUGGUGCAGUUUUCAAAAAUGGGGGCUUUCUUGUAGUCUAGAGCCAAGUCUCUUGACUGCUGCUUGGCUAUCCCAUUUCUGUGACCAGGCUAAACUGAGAGGUCUAACCUAUAGCUAUCAAAAUUUUAAAGGGCUCACUUGUGCUUUAUGGGAGAAGUAGAGGAGCCAUGCUGUAGUCACUGGAAGAGCCCCAGUUUUUAUCACCAUUAGUACAGUGAGAUUUAGUGGUUUUUAGAAUAAAAACAUAAUUCAUAAAUUUAUUUAGAUUUAUUUAAUUAUUGGCAGCAUCUGUUUAAACAUGAAAUAGCCUUUUUUUCAAUAUUCAGUACCUUAUUUCCUCCAGUUUCCUGACUGCAAUGUAUUCACCCUUUGCUGCUGCUAUUUUAUAGGUUAACUGUAUGGCAUUGUUUUAUUGCUUUUGGUUGUGUGGGGAUUAUUUUUGUUUAUUUGUAAUUUUUUUAUUGUUUUUGUAUUUGCCAGAAGAAGUACAUUUUGACAAAAAUGUGGCUGCAGGUGGUACAGAACAGAAGCAAUGUGUCCAACAAACUGUUGAACUUCCUGGUUAGUGAAGCAAAUUCAAUUUUUUUUCCAGAAAUGUAAAUGAUAAAGAGUCUGUUAAGUGCAGAAGUAUCUAAAAAAAAAAAAUGUGUGAACAUAAUGCAUGUCACAAAAAGCAUGAAGAAUUUAAAUCUCUCUCUCUCUCUCUCUCUCUCUCUCUCUCUCUCUCUCUCUCUCUCUAUAUAUAUAUAUAUAUAUAUAUAUAUAUAUAUAUAUAUAUCACAGACACAGAUUUGUUAAAGAUAGUUACUAUGGUGCGAUGUAGUGGUUAUUAUGCUUGGGGUGUUCCCAGUGUUCCUUGGAGUCACUAUAAAAUAGCAAUAUUUAAUUGAGCUGAUUUAAGAGCUGCGGUAUUAAAUCUAUAGGACACAGGAGUGUUUAUUCAAUACACAAAGAGUUGUGACGAACUGAAAAUCAGAUUGUAUAAACUAACUGAAAUAGCCAAGUUAGAAAAGGGAAUUUUUCCAGCUAAACUAUCUAUCUUACAUGAACGUUAAAAUUUAGUUUUCAAUUCCCAUCAGCUCUCUAUCCGGUGUGCAAACAACUCACAACUUUUCUGUCUUCCAGCACUAGGAAGUGAAAGAGUUAACUUGCGGAGUGUGACUGUCCUGGGGAUGAGAGUCCUGUUUGCCAAAACUGUGGCUUUUAAUCUGCUUCUGAGUGCAAAGUUCUUCAUCAUGUAAGGUAAGUGUCUGCCCAUAAUGGUUUUGUUUUAAAUAAGGUGAGGAGUAUAAGAUUCAUUAUUGUACUUUUCCAUAAACUUUCAAUUCCUGGAAUGUCAUGGAUAUAAUGCAGUUAGAGAAUAGUCUGGCUAGACUUUGUGACCUCUUCCUGCAGCAAUUUCAGUAACGAUGAUUUAUUUUCCUCUUCGUGGGUCUCUUUUCCAGGCACGCACAAUGUUGGGUUUUAUUAGUACUUCAUGCACGGGGUGUAUGAAUAACUCACUGAGCUCCACACUAAUAAAACUUACAACAAAGUCCAAUGUUUGUAAAUGCAUUAUGGAGCUCCACAAUAAUAUGGCAACGCUCUGACCCCGCGGCUCUCGCGAGACUUACACUUGAGCUGACAGGGGCGCUGACCGGACCGGAGGAGAGAGAAGGGAGCUGACAGGAGCUGCAGGAAAGGUAAAUUACAGCUCUCUGCCAGUCCGCAACAGGACCGCCGGGCUUGUAAUGAGCCCGGCGGUCCUGGUCUGUAUUAUGGCAAUGUAAGUUGCCAUAAUACAGACAGUGACUCGAGUAUAAGUUGAGUAGGGGUUUUUCAGCACAAAAAAUGUGCUGAAAAACUCGACUUAUUCUCUAUAUACGGUAUUAAAAAAAUUUAGAAAUCCACCUCUAAGGGCUGUCAUCCUAAAGGCCGCUAGAAGGACUUAUUCCUACAGACCAAGUAAAACGGUCUGGGGAUCAAAUGCUUCUGAUAACAGCCAUUGAUUGGAGGAGCAUGCACAUCUCCAGUACAUUGUUUCUCUAUGAGAAGUAAUAGAUUGGAGGAUAUCGCGGGUGAUGUCAGCUUGGAUGGUGACAUCCCUGAGGGCUGAACUGGAGGCUGUGGCAUGUGAGACUCAGCACUAAGGAGGAGGUGAGUAAUAUUUUUAAUCUUACAUUUUUAGCUGCAAAGGAAACCUACAGUCCCAAAUUAACUAAUGUUAUUUUUGAGAAUAUAAAUUCAUUUUAACUACACAGUGGGAUGCGCUUAUUACAUGUAUAUAGUUGCAAACAGAAGGUACUUCACAGUUUACAGCUGAAUCUAAAAACUUGCAGCAGUAACGUUUGACUUCUGAGAGCAAAACUCUUUUUUUAUGAUACAAUGACUUUUUGAUCACCUCUCUUUUAAUUCCAUUAAUCAUAGAAUGUGUACUUGUUUGCAAACUUGUUUUUAGCAGACAUUUCUAGAUUGAAUGCUAAUCUCACUUUUCUUUCUUUGCAGUUUCCUAAACUCAGGGCACUGAACAUCAGCAAUAUUGUCCAUCUAUAUAGAUCAUUUUCACCACGAACCUACAGAAAAGCUUAAUCUGCUACUAUAUAUUAUAUUUAAAGGCUAAAUACUUCCUAAAUAGCACUGGGUUUUCAUGUAAAAAAAUAAUUGGCUGAUAUUUUUGUUUAAAUAUUCAUUUUAUUUGUAUAUCAGAACAAAUUCCAAGUCAAUAUACCAAAAUAGAACCUGUAGCAAAAUCCAAAUUUUUUUUAUAUUCUUUUAGCUUACAAUUACUUUUAUAUGUUAUUAAAAUCUAUCUGCCUUUUCUUUCCAAGCAGUUGAACAAAUAAUGUGCCAACAUAAGUAGGAAAUAAUGUUUUAGCCGAAAGUCAAUAAAACACAUAUUUUCUUUCUUUCUCUGACCUGUCAUAUUGGGAAUAGUCGUUGAUUUAUUUGUUCUUUGCGCAAUUCAUAUUUUAGCUUCAUUUUAAAUCUGAUUUAGUUUGCUUCCAAAAAUAAAGAUUAAUUUGUGAGCCG